UGUUUUAUCAACUGUCAAACUGCAUGCUGCGUGCAUGAUGCAGCCUGGCAAACUCAAACCAGGCGAUAGGGAGAAAAACAUUCGAGUGCCGUACGUGAGUUGUGUGUACGCUUGGGGUAAAUUAUUUUCCAAUAAACAUGUUUGCCGGGAAAUUCGGCCCCGAAAACAGGCAGCGGACAGUUUAAGCACACCGUGUGAAAGCACACACACACAUCAAGCGCAACCCACUUUUACCCACAACUAACGCCAAUGUCCAAUCACUAUGAUAUUCCAUCUUGGGCCGGAAAACCACCGACCGGUCUGCAUCUGGAUGUGAUGAAGGAGGACAAGCUGAUCCAGAAGCUGAUGAUCGACGAAAAACGAUGCUACCUUUUCGGGCGCAAUCCACAGAUGAACGAUUUCUGCAUUGACCAUGCGUCCUGUUCCCGUGUACACGCUGCGUUCGUCUACCACAAGCAUCUGCACAUCGCCUACUUGGUAGAUCUGGGCAGCACACACGGCACAUUUAUUGGUUCAGUACGGCUAGAAGCGAACAAACCAACGCAGCUACAGAUCAACAGCCAAUUUAGCUUCGGCGCCUCGACACGCCACUACAUACUGCGCGAGCGACCCACCGUUGGUUCACGCACAAACAUUAUGGAGGACAUACCGAUGAUGGACAUCAGCGAUGGCACCUUCCUGGGAUUGCCGGAAAGUCAAACCGAGCUGGAUAACCUUACCGAGUACAAUACGGCACACAACCGGCGUAUUUCGAUGCUGGGUAUAUCGGACGACAGUGGUACCGUUGGUGGUGCGGGCGGUACCGGCGGACCGGGCGGCAACAGUGGCAACUCGUACAAAAAAAGCAAACGAAACAAGCGGAAAGGUGUUGCGUUUAAUGAGGAUGAAAUUAUCAUCAACCCGGAGGACAUUGAUCCUUCGAUUGGACGGUUCCGCAAUCUUAUUCAAUCGACCGUGGUGCCGGUAUCGGCGAAACGCGCCAAAAUGGAGGUCCAAAACAAUAUGGGCAUCGUGACAUCGGUCGUCGUGCCCGGUGGGAUGAAAUCCGGUGGCUUCCAUCUACACGGCCAGCAGCUUGCGGGUGGUAUGCACGGUGGCCAGCAGCACCCGAACGUACCGCCCAGCCUUUACCACGGAAUCGAUCCGGCUGACGGGGGGAAUGGGGGUGGACCGGGCGGUGGUUCUGGUGGCUCGACGGCCGAUGGGCGUGGCUUCGGCGGGUUCGAUAUGGACACCACACCGAGCGGACUGUCGACCAAGCUGGGCAUACUGUUGCCUAAUCCGGCACCGGAUGUAAACCCAACGCCGGUACCGGUCCGGGAGACUGCCUCGGUUCCUAUGUUUGCUGUGCCGGGUACGACCGCAUCCGGUGGUGGUGGUGCCAUCAGCAACAAUGCUAAAGCCGGGGAGAAACAACCUGACACGUCGGACGAGCCGAAGAAGAAGAAAUACGCCAAGGAACAGUGGCCUGGCCGGAAACCGCUCGGUUUGGGCAGCUUCUAGACACGACGCACGCCGUGUGCCAGUGAAUGUAAAAUUAUUUCAUAACUCUACUACUUUAAGCGACUCCUGCGAACUAUCGAGAAGAAAUAAAGAACAUGAAACUGUAUGCAACCACCAAAUGCAACAGUGUGUGUGUGUGAGUGCUCGGUAUAAGCAAAUUGGUUUAGAUCGUUUGUCCGGUAUGGUUGACCACAGUGGUUUUCGGCACCCGAAAAAUCGGAAUAUAGGAUAGAAAAUGAAGAGGCCCACUCGCUAGCGUACCCACCAACAAUUUCGGUUUCGUUUCGUUCUAUUGCUUCCUGCAAAUAAACACACAAACAACAAAA